UGGCAGCUACCAACCCUCAAACCUUCUCUCUACAACUAUACUGCUGCUCUAUAUAACGGCAUUUGUUGAAAGCCCACUUCAGAUAUCAAGGUCUGUUUUUGAAAUCCAAUAUUUAUAGCUCAAAUAAUCAAUUCAAUUAUUGUUGGGCCCAAUCAUGGAGGGCCUCUGUUUCAGUUCCUCUUUCAAAAUCACUUUGCAAAGUACCCUUUCCAACCAAGCAUCAGAGUUGCACAAUGGUAUUCACAGUGUCUCUCUAAGAGCUUGGGAGAGAAGGAAACCCAUACGAUCACUUAAAACCAGAAGCACGAUAAGGUCCGAAGCUUGUACUGGUUCAAUGGAUUUUGAUACAUCAGUGAGCCCAAGAGCUAAUUCUAUCAAACCAUCAAAGACCAUGGCCAUAAGUGAUCAUGCCACUGCCCUGGUGCAAAAAGGGGUGCCAGUCAUAAGAUUAGCUGCUGGAGAACCUGACUUUGACACACCGACUGCAAUAGCUGAGGCUGGCAUAAGAGCCAUUCAACAAGGAUAUACAAGGUACACCCCAAAUGCUGGAACUUUGGAACUACGGACAGCAAUAUGCCAUAAACUAAAGGAGGAGAAUGGGCUUUCAUACACACCUGACCAGAUUCUGGUUAGUAAUGGGGCUAAGCAAUGUAUCUUGCAAUCUGUUCUUGCUGUUUGCUCUCCUAGUGAUGAGGUUAUAAUUCCAGCUCCAUAUUGGGUUAGUUACCCAGAAAUAGCAAGGUUGGCUGAUGCAAAUCCUGUGAUAAUUCCUACUUUUAUUGAGGACAACUUUCUCCUAAACCCGGAUGUUCUAGCUUCCAAAAUCAAUGAAAAAUCAAGGUUGCUGAUUCUCUCCACCCCAUCAAAUCCUACUGGGUCAGUCUAUCCCAAGAAGUUGCUCGAACAAAUCGCAGAGUUGGUAGCAAAGCACCCUAGACUUAUGGUUUUAUGUGAUGAGAUAUAUGAGCACAUUAUUUAUCAGCCGGCAGAACACACAAGUUUUGCUUCUUUGCCUGGCAUGUGGGAGAGAACCUUAACUGUAAAUGGGUUCUCCAAGGCCUUUGCCAUGACUGGUUGGCGGCUUGGCUACCUUGCUGCCCCAAAACACUUUAUCACCGCUUGUAACAAGAUUCAGAGCCAGGCUACAUCAGGGGCAAGCAGCAUCUCCCAGAAAGCGGGUCUUGCGGCUUUGGGGCUGGGUUAUGCUGGAGGCGAAGCAGUUUCCACUAUGGUUGCAGCAUUCAAAGAGCGACGGGAUUUCCUAGUCCAAAGAUUCAAGGCUAUUGAUGGUGUUAAGGUUUCCGAACCACAGGGGGCUUUCUACUUGUUUCUGGAUUUCAGCUCCUAUUAUGGAUCAUACGUCGAAGGUUUUGGCUUGAUCAAGGACUCCGAUUCCCUUUGCCGGUUUCUUUUGGAUAAGGCUCAGGUUGCCCUAGUUCCAGGAGAUGCAUUUGGUGAUGACAGCUGCGUGCGCAUCUCGUAUGCAGCUUCACUCACCACACUGCAAGCAGCCAUGGACAAGAUCGAGAAAGCUUUGCCUCUCAUCAAGCCCGCUGUUGCAGUUUGAUCUUAGGUCCUAUGUGUAUUUUAACGUGAUGAUUUAUGAGUGAUUUAUGAUUUAUGGAAAAUUGAAUGUUGCCUCAAUCCAAUGAAAGAUUGUUGGAACAAAUAAUCUUUUCUGUACUCGUACAUAAACGAGUACACUGAAAGUUAGAUCCCACCAUGACUGUGUACUUAAACCAGCUAGAAAUAAAAUCAGCAAGAAUACGAAUUACAA